AUGAUCCUUCGAGCAUGUAAGCUGCAGAACGCUAUCGAUAUGACGGUCAGAUUUGGGACAUCAGCUAAGAUCUUACCGUGGGUAAAGAUAAACAUCGAUGAAAGAGUCUUUCUUCCCAAGAUUAGGUUUUGGUUAUUCGCUAUUACAGGCGUUUUCUUCCUCGUUGCCGAAGUUUGGGUUGGGAGCAUGGAGGGGCAGUCUAUACGGCCGGGAUCAGCUUACCGGGCGAAUGUGAGAGCAAAACCCAAGGUUCGCAAAAAUCCUAGGCGUUCUCGAGCUCAAGCUCUCCUUGAACGACGUCUCGAAUUUCUUGGUAAUGUAAUCCUGGGAAGUCCCACCCUCCCAAUAUUGAUACGAUCAGUAAUGGAAAAUGCACAAGCAAUCUCAACCGUACAUUUCAUCCUGCCUGACUUGGAGGUUCCCUCUUUUGGUCCGGGCGUGGAUGGACCAGCCUUUCAGCUCCUAGCUACUCCCUCAAUUCAUUUGUGCUGUUCGUGCAGUGACGUAUUGGCGAUGGCAGCAAAGGAUGGAACGAGGUUUAAGCUGACCAUUCCACCGCCGUUGCGACCGUGGAGAGUGUAUCUCUCUAUCUUGGAGGUUCUGGUACCCCGAAAAUCCCAGGCCUUCGUGGCUUCUUCUGCAUUUCCUUCAAACCCUUCAAAUCAGCGACCUUCCUUACAAUUAGGGCGACCGCGCAUACACGCGCUAGCUGACUCUACGCCGUGGGGAAAAGUGAAUGCAUGGGUCAUGUGGGGCUUCUACUUCUAUGUACCCCGCAAACUUGUUUUACCUUUCAGUUGGAAAUUAGAGAGAAAUUCGGAUAUCUUGGGCCCGUGA